AUGCCGCCCGCCGCCAUGGCGCCGCCGCAGGCCCCCUCCGCAGGGGAUCCGCUCUACGACGAGCUCUGGCACGCCUGCGCCGGCCCGCUCGUCACCGUCCCGCGCGUCGGAGACCUCGUCUUCUACUUCCCGCAGGGGCACAUCGAGCAGGUGGAGGCCUCCAUGAACCAGAUCGCCGGCAACCAGAUGCGCCUCUACGAUCUGCCCUCCAAGCUGCUCUGCCGGGUCAUCAACGUCGAGCUCAAGGCGGAGGCGGACACCGACGAGGUCUACGCGCAAGUCAUGCUCAUGCCGGAGCCGGAGCAAAACGAGAUGGCGGUGGACAAGUCGACCUCAACGACGGGCGCCACGCCUCCGAGGCCGGCAGUACGGUCCUUCUGCAAGACCCUGACGGCAUCCGACACCAGCACGCAUGGCGGUUUCUCCGUGCUGCGCCGCCACGCUGACGAGUGCCUCCCUCCCCUGGACAUGACCCAGUCGCCUCCAACACAAGAGCUUGUUGCAAAGGAUCUGCAUGGCAUGGACUGGCGCUUCCGCCACAUCUUCCGUGGGCAACCUAGGAGGCAUCUCCUUCAGAGCGGUUGGAGUGUGUUUGUCAGUUCCAAAAGGCUUGUAGCUGGGGAUGCCUUCAUUUUUCUCAGAGGAGAGAGUGGUGAGCUUCGUGUUGGUGUUAGGCGGGCUAUGAGACAGCUGUCCAACGUGCCUUCUUCAGUCAUAUCUAGUCAUAGCAUGCACCUUGGAGUCCUUGCAACUGCAUGGCAUGCCAUCAACACGAAAAGCAUGUUCACUGUCUACUACAAACCUAGAACGAGCCCUUCAGAGUUCAUUAUACCAUAUGAUCAAUAUAUGGAGUCUGUAAAAAACAAUUAUUCAAUCGGGAUGAGAUUCAGGAUGAGGUUUGAAGGUGAAGAGGCGCCAGAGCAGAGGUUUACUGGUACUAUAGUUGGCAGUGAAAAUCUUGACCAAUUGUGGCCUGAAUCGAACUGGAGAUCUCUUAAGGUGCGUUGGGAUGAGCCGUCAACUAUUCCGCGGCCGGAUAGAGUCUCUCCUUGGAAAAUAGAGCCAGCUUCAUCACCUCCUGUUAACCCACUUCCUCUUUCUCGGGUCAAAAGACCUAGACCAAAUGUUCCUCCAGUUUCUCCUGAAUCAUCUGUUCUUACAAAAGAAGUUGCAGCUAAGAUUGAUAUGGAUUCUGCUCAAGCACAACAAAGAAAUCAAAAUAACAUGGUCUUGCAAGGUCAAGAGCACAUGACCUUGAGGACCAACAACCUGACUGCCAGCAAUGAAUCUGAUGCUACCGUUCAGAAGCCUAUGAUGUGGUCUCCAUCCCCCAACAUCGGAAAAAACCAUGCAUCCGCGUUUCAGCAGAGGCCCUCUAUGGAUAAUUGGAUGCAGCUGGGAAGAUGUGAUGCUAGUUCUGGUGCUCAAUCUUUUGGUGAUUCCCAAGGCUUCUUCAUGCAGACCUUUGAUGAGGCUCCUAACCGUCAUGGCUCAUUCAAGAACCAGUUCCAGGAUCACAGUUCUGCUCGUCACUUCUCAGACCCGUACACAAAGAUGCAGACAGAGGCCAGUGAGUUUCAUUUCUGGAAUAGCCAAAGCACCGUAUACGGUAAUCCAAGAGAUCAGUCACAAGGUUUCAGAUUUGAAGAGCACCCAUCAAAUUGGUUAAGGCAGCAGCAGCAGUUCUCCCCGGUUGAACAACCCCGAGUGAUCCGGCCUCAUGCAUCAAUAGCUCCUGUUGACUUGGAGAAAACAAGAGAAGGCAGUGGUUUCAAGAUUUUUGGGUUUAAGGUUGAUACUACCAGCGCCCCUUCUAACCAUUUGAGCUCCACAAUGGCUGCAAUCCACGAGCCUGUGCUACAAACCCAAGCAUCCGCAUCAUUAACUCAAUUGCAGCAUGCACACGCUGAUUGUAUUCCUGAGCUGUCCGUAAGCACUGCUGGGACUACUGAGAAUGAGAAAAGCAUUCAACAAGCUCCUCACAGUUCGAAAGACGUCCAAAGCAAGUCCCAUGGUGCUUCCACAAGGAGUUGCACAAAGGUUCAUAAGCAAGGUGUUGCACUUGGUAGAUCAGUGGAUCUGUCAAAGUUUGGCGACUACGACGAACUCACAGCUGAGCUAGACAGGAUGUUUGAAUUUGAUGGUGAACUGAUGUCUUCAAACAAGGAUUGGCAGAUUGUGUAUACUGAUCCGGAGGGUGACAUGAUGCUGGUGGGAGAUGAUCCAUGGGAGGAGUUCUGCAACAUAGUGCGCAAGAUCUUCAUCUACACCAAGGAGGAGGUCCAGAAGAUGAACUCGAAGUCAUCUACCCCGAGAAAGGAGGAAGGUUCCGCGGAUGCCGAUGGCGCAAACGAGAAGGCCCAUCCCGCCACGUCAAGCCAUUUAGAUAACUAG